AUGUCUUCCAAGGGAUCGAAAAUGCAGAAUUCGACCAAGAGGAAGGAUAGUGGAAGCUCAGAGAAAUCCGAUGCUCAAAAAUCGAAGAAACCGAAGCUCGCUUCGUCUAAAUCCGAUAAGAAACACCAUACCGUUCAGAAUCAGAAGCCUGGAGAAGGCAAACCUAAAUUCGGUAAACCGAAAUCUUUUGGAGACAACGAGAAGUUCGUUAAUCUAUCCGCCAGGGAGCGUCGUAUACAGGCUAAGGAGGAAGCAGAAGCCAGGAAGAAGAGGAGGAGGCCACGUUACACUUUUGAGCAAGAGCUUACAUCUCUAUGGGAGAAGAUGAGGCGCCGUGACAUUGCGAAGGAGGAUCGAUCAAAGCUGAUAUCUGAAGCUGUACAAAAGAUGAAGGGGAAGAUCCCAGAGAUUGCACGUUCAAGUGUUUCUUCCCGUGUGCUUCAGACUUGUGUCAAGUAUUGCUCACAAGCUGAAAAGGAAGCUGUGUUCAAUGAGCUCCAGCCGCGCUUUCUUGACCUGGCGUCUAAGAAAUAUGCUGUUCACGUGUUGACCAAGAUGUUGGAUGGAGCGUCUAAGCCGCAGCGGGCAGUCUGUAUAUCCAGCCUCCGGGGACGCGUGGCUCGUCUCCUCCGUCACAUGUCCGGAUCUAUUGUUGUGGAACAUGCAUACCAACUGGCGAAUGCAGCACAGAAGCAAGAGCUCCUUGGUGCAUUGUAUUCUAAAGAGCUUCAGUUAUUCAAGGGCUUGACCUCAGCUAACGAAAAAGGGGUGGUAGACAUCAUUGCUAAGCGAGGACUGCAUAAAGGCGCUGUGAUCCGACGCAUGACUGCCGCUAUCCAACCGAUUCUUGAGAAGGGAAUUGUCGACCACUCUAUCAUACACAAAGUGCUGAUUGAAUACCUGACAAUAGCUGAUAAGGCGUCUGCUGCGCUUGUGAUUGAGCAACUGACUGGCACCCUUCUUACGCGUAUGGUUCAUACCCGUGAUGGUUCUAGGGUUGCUAUGCUUUGUAUCAAACAUGGAAGCGCUAAGGAUAGAAAGAAAAUUAUCAAAAUAAUGAAAGAGUAUGUUCGAGAGAUGGCUUCUGAUCAGUUUGGAAGUAUGGUACUUGCAUGUAUCUUUACUAUAGUUGAUGACACAAAGCUAGUCACCAAGAUGUUUGUUCAUGAGCUUAUGGAAAAGGACACCUUAAAGGAUCUUGUUAUGGACAAGAAUGGUAGGAAACCACUAUUGCAGCUACUUCAUCCAAAUUCUUCACGUUAUCUCAAUCAUGAUGAUUUGGCCUCUCUUGAUCUGUCUGUUCCAUCACUGUGCUCAAUGGAUAAUUCUGAGACACCCUCCCAAACAAAGGACUCAGAUGGUGAAGAAUCUGGCGAGGAGGCGAAAGAUGAACAAGAAGAUAUGGAAACUGAAAAUACAGAUAUUGAAGAAAAUAUCAAAGUUGCAGUCAGUAAAAAAGAUCCCCUUUUGAGAAGGCAGGAGUUGCUAGUCAAAAGUGGCCUAGCUGAGAUGCUUAUUGAUGUGUGUGUGGAGAACGCUGAGGAGUUCAUCAAGUCAAACGUUGGCAAAGAGGUCAUGUAUGAGGUUGCAGUUGGAGGCUUUGAUGGUAUUCUUUGCCCGUCUCUAAGCGAGAAGCUGAGUGAGCUGUACAAAGCCAUUGCCUCUGUAGCAGCAAAGCCGAAACCGGAGAAAUCAGAGAAGAAUUCAGAGCACGUCCUGGAAGACUUUCAGUCAAGCCGAACCAUAAGAAGGCUUGUUUUGGAUUGCCCUGCUUUUGCAUCCAUUCUCUAUAAAGAGGCCUUGUCUGGAAAAUGUCGAUCGUGGGCUCAAGGACACUGUUCAAAGAUAUUAUCUGCUUUCCUAGAGACUCAAGAUGUUCAAGUGCGUGAGAUGGCCAAGGAAGAGCUCCAAGUGUUGGUGGACGAAGGUGCUCUGAAAAUCUCAGAAACCAAGAAAGCCGAAUGA